AUGGCCUCCUUCACCGGAAACCCGAAUCAGCAAGAAGCUUCACAAUUCACCACCGGCAUGACAGGAUCAUGUUUAUGCGGCAGCAUAACCAUACGUCUCGACCAAGAGAACCUCUUCACGAAACGCAACGGCCAUACUUGCUGCUGCAUGAAUUGUCGUAAGCUCAGUGGUGGUUUAGGCGUCCAUGCAAUUUCUACAGUCGUGCAGAAUGUCACCCUUAGUGAUCCUAGCGGCUUGGAGAGAGUUUACGUCGAUACCAAUACCGGUAGUGGAGGUCAUAUCAGUAGACACUUUUGCUCUGUUUGUAGCAGUCCAUUGUUUUUCUCCACGGCUUCUCAUCCAACCAUGAUCACUGUAGCCCUGGGCCUAUUUCCAAAGGCUCCUGUGCCAGAGUAUGAGUUUUUCGCUGGUCAUAGACAUGAAUGGCAGCCGGGAGUUGAAGGUGUUGUUGCGUUUGAAACGAUGCCGUAG